UUUUUUUUUUUUUUGUGAAAGCACAAGUGUCAUUAGUCAUUAGGACGCAUCCCUUCUGAAUGUCAGUGACGAGUCCAAGUCAAUAGGACACGUCGGUCACGCGUGAGCGUGAGCUGCGAAAAGGAGGAAUGAAGUAAAAGGGGAAGUUAGGUAAUGCUCUUCCACAGGAAAUGGAGUGAGUCGGGGCGGAUUGACGCCGCUUUGCAAUACAGUAAACAGAUAAAGGUCGCCACAGAAGAGGAGAAAGGAGCGAGGAUGAGGGUGGGUGGAGGGUGUUCAAGACAGAGUGAAAGGGAGGGUUUAAGUAUGCGAGCAAACAAGGAAUUCCCCCGCCCCUGCUUCCCCAGAUAAAAUGCAGUGUGCGUGGUUUAUGUGUGUGUGUGUGCGUGUGCGUGUGUGUGUGUGUGUGAGAGAGAGAGAGCGAAUAGGAAGACUUGUCCAGGCAAACUGCAAAGUGCUUGUCCUUUUUUUUUUUUUUACUUGAGCCGCUCUGCUGCUGCAGCGUUUAGCCUGCGAGCCACCUUGUAUGGAUGCACUGUUAUCAUCUCUGGAAUAAAACGGUGGCAAGUGAAAAAGUUGCCCCGGUCGAGAAGCGAUGCCAGUGAGGUGCCCUAUAAGACAUAACUAGAGAGAAAAAAAGAGGGGGGGGGGCAAAGGAGAAGCAAGCAGGAUAGAACAAGGAGACGGUCUUGCCUGAAGGAAAUCCGGGCUUCAUGACAAGAUGAAGCCAAUUAAAAAGCAAGGUCGGCGUUCCCCCCCCUCCACCCGAGCCAAAGGGGGAAAGCGGCGGGGUGCCAGCGAGGUCCCGGAAGGAGGCGAGAAAAGAGACUCUGAUGAAAACCGAGACAGAACCGCGCAAGGCCAGGAUCACUUCUCUUUCUCAUCACAGUCGGAGUCCUCAGAUCCCGUCAGAACCAGGGACUCUUCCGACGGAGAAUCGCUUGUCAUUGACUCUGGUAAAUUACUAGCAUCGCCAGACGAUCGAUCUGGACAGUCGGCAUUGAGUGCUGGGAGCCACAGUGACAGCAAUGCCAGCAGCUGCAGUAACAGCAGCACACCAAGCGCCAACAGCAGCCCCAAUCCCACGUCCAGUCGCAAAACUGCCACCUUUAAGGCCCGUGUUCCCAAGAAGAAGUACACAUCUGAACACUGUUCCAUUACUACUGGGGGUAACCAUGGCAACCUUGUCGCCAUGACCCCUCCUCCUCUUGUUGUUGGCGGCGGGGCCCUGAAUCAGGGAUCAUCGUGUUCAGGUAGUCCCAUAAGUGUUUCACACCCUGAUGGCAACGGUCAUAGUCGGGGCCUGAUGGCGGACGGCAGAGAACCACAUCAGGACGGUUCCCCCGGACCACCUAUCCUCUCACUGCGAGAGGAAAGGGAAAGGCCAGGAAGGGCAGAGGGGGUCAAGGAUACGGAGCGAGUGUCGCCCAGCCCCCUACCUCGCUGUUCCUCCACAGACACGGCCAGUGAGCACUCGGCAGACCUGGAGGUGGUCGUAGAUGUUUCCUCGCGCCCACCCUGCAGUCUCCCUGAUGCGCUCUCUGACGCCCUGGCCAGGGGACUAAAAAAUCAACGAGUCCUAGCUCGUCAGCUUUUAAGAAGUGAUGAGGAUGGAGGAGCUGAAAGAAGAAACGAUUGGAAGGGUUCGAGCUUGGUGUUCUGUGCUGGUGUGGUCCGUAGAGUCAACGGCGAAUUUGGAAGCCUGGAGGUGCAACUGAAUGGGGAAAAGACGCUCUGCCGUUAUCCUUAUCGCAACAUCAGCCCCCCAGGGGUUGUUGACCUUAUCCUCGAUGCCCCUCCACCUGGUGUGCACCCUAUUCCAGUCGGCACCCGUGUCUGUGUGCCUUUCAGCAAUGAGGAAGGCAGUGGGGGUCAGUGGUACCGGGAAGGCGUGGUGACUCAGGUGGAUACGCACCCAGCGGUGGCUAAUUGUUACCGUGUUCUGUUGUCUGAUGAGAAAGCUUCAUCUGAGGGUGACGGGGGCACCCAGGCUGUUUGGGUUUCCAGGCAAACACUCCGGCUCCUGGUGCCGCCUUGGGACUUGGACUUACCAUCAAGAGAGACCGAAGUAGGUGCUCGAGAUAAUGAAAUGACACAGGAAGACAGGGACGAAAUGGACGUGGAGCAGGAGGUGUGUCGUCUCAGCCGGGGGAUGACACCGGUAAUCGGGCCCUUAUUGGGCAGGGUGUACCCUUGCAUGGUUCCUGUCUCCUCCACACCAGGACAAAGCAUUACCACUCCAGUCACACCGGCCUCAGUCCUCAGCCUGGCUCCUGGCCGCAAGUGGGACAUUGAGAAAGAUCUCGGAAGAGAGCGAGAUCUCCAGAGAAAGCAGGAAAGAGAAAGGGAGAUUAUUGCAAAGCAACAGCAGCAACAUCAUUCGUACAUGCCACUCACCCCUGAGGAAGACAUGGAGGUGUCCCGCUUCAACAUGGUCCCCAUGGGAGCACUUAUACCGGGACCCAAACCCAUGGCAGUUCCUCAGCACCGCCACAUUGUGUCUAAGCCCCCACCCGGCUACCUCAAUCCUCAUCUGUCUGUGGUGCAGGGAAUUGGAAUUCCCUCCGGCCACCUUGCCCUAAACCCCCACCCACCUCCCUCCCCGGUACUGCUCGGUCUGGAUCCGGCCGUUGCAGCUGUCGCAUCUAGUACCGCUGUCAUUUCCGCUGCCCAGCUUGCGCCCCUGCCCGCUAUCUCCUCCACCAUGUCCUCCUCCAGAGUGGAGAAAGCAUCAGGAGGUGUCUCCUCCACUGGAGGUGGUGGUUCUAGUUCCACUUCUUCCUCAUCUUCACGUUCGCGCACCCCACUGACAGCCGCCCAGCAGAAGUACAAGAAGGGAGACGUAGUGUGCACGCCAACCGGCAUCCGCAAGAAGUUCAACGGGAAGCAGUGGAGGAGGCUAUGUUCCCGCGAAGGCUGUUCUAAGGAAUCCCAGCGCCGAGGAUACUGCUCCAGGCACCUCUCCAUGAGGACCAAGGAGAUGGAAGCCAGCGGGGGGAUCAGAGAGCGAGGAGGGUCCAGCAGCACGGGGACCUUGACACCGUCUGAUUUGCGACUAAGUGGUGGCCGAGCCAGCUCCGAGUUUGACUGGGACGAGACUUCCCGGGAAAGCAGCGAGGCCAGCAGCCGUGGAGGAGACUCCCGGCCCCGGCUGGUCCUCUCCUCCUUGCUCCCCCAGGACCUUUCUCGCUUUGACUUUGAUGAAUGUGAAGCGGCGACUAUGCUGGUGUCCUUGGGGGGUUCCCGUUCAGGCACACCCUCAUACUCACCCAUCUCCAACCAGUCCCCCUUCUCUCCGACCCCGUCGCCGUCUCCCUCUCCACUCUUUGGUGGUUUCCGCCCAGCAAAUUUCAGUCCCAUAACCGCCCCAUCCGCACGCCGUCAUCGCCAGCUGAGUGGCACAAAAUUGGGCUCUCUGAGCACAGAACGGGAGCGACACCUUUCGGGCAUUGUGCCGACUUGUCACACCAACCUCACUUUUACGGUGCCAAUGAGUCCCAGCAAGAGGAAGCUGGACAGCCACCCUCCUCCUCCACUGCCAGCAGUCCAUGACUACCAGACCAAACAGGAGCAACAACAAAUGGUGGCUGUAGGGGGAGCUGUUGGGGGUGAUCUGAACCUCGGGCCUGCUGCCUUCAGAGUCCUUUCCCCCCAGAGUCAACCGACAACUCCUUCUUCAUUGACUUUCCCACGGCCACGUAGCUCCACCAGCCGGCCCCCGUCCUCUGCUGCCUCCACACCCCCACCCAUGCUGGUCUCUCCCACGCCCCCAUCCCCGCUACCCCAGGAACCUUCUCCGCGUCGCAUCGUGCCACUGCGGGAUUCUCCUGUUAUCGUCCGCAACCCCGACGUCCCCCUGGCCAAGUUCUCUGACGGCCCCCUAGCAAGGCGGGAAAGGAGCCGAUCCAGGGAAUUGAGCCAGGGCCAACACGCAGUUCCUCCCGGCCUUCAAGCGCCUGUUCCCAUAAACGGAGCCACGACUAACGGCACCGUUCUCCUCCGCGACCCUGCAUCUGCCCUCGUCCUGGUAACAUCCAGCUCGUCCCUCACCCCAGCCUCAGCAGGCCACGCCCCCCACUCAAGUUCACCCGCCGCUGGCUCCACGUCGACCACUGCAGGCCACAUCCUGUCCACGUCAGGAUCUGGGGGGAUGGAAAGAAGACCCGAGGGGCACCAGGAGGCCAGCGUUGGGGCCUUGCCACAGCCUGUCGCGUGCCACCCAACACCCACGGCCCUCCUGCCACUCAUUCUACCCGCCGAGUCUUCGCACCCUGCACCCCGCAAGCAGAUCAUCAUGGGACGCCCCGGCACGGUUUGGACCAACGUGGAGCCUCGCUCUGUGCCAGUAUUCCCUUGGCACUCGCUCGUCCCUUUUUUGGAGCCCGGCCAAUCGGGAGCGGCCGUCCAGCACGCCGUGGAUGGCCAACAGCUCAUCAAUCAAAGCCACGAGCCUCGAUGCGGCGUGGCACUGGUGGGCGACGGGCGAGCCCCCGAUCUGGAGAGUAGGUCGCCGUCACGUCCGCCCCCGGCUAGUAACAACAACACCCCGGCGGAGAGGGGCGGAGCCGACAGUGAGACGGAGAGCGACACCGACGACCCCUUCUCCCCUGGCGUGGCUGCCAACGACGCAUCGCCCUCGCGUGGCCCCGCCAAGAGGCGCACGCAGUCCCUCAGUGCCCUGCCCAAAGACGCAGAUAGGAAGAGGGAAAAAGACCACAUCCGCCGGCCAAUGAACGCCUUCAUGAUCUUCAGCAAGCGCCACCGGGCCCUGGUCCACCAGCGACACCCCAACCAGGACAACCGAACUGUCAGCAAGAUCUUGGGCGAGUGGUGGUACGCGCUGGGCCCCAAUGAGAAGCAGCAGUACCACGACUUAGCCUUCCAGGUGAAGGAGGCCCACUUCCGAGCACAUCCCGACUGGAAGUGGUGCAACAAGGACCGCAGGAAGUCAUUGUCUGACAGCCGCGGGGCCUCCAAGGAUGCACGGGAGAGGAGCAUGUCCGAAACUACAGACCCGCAUUUGGAGUCUCAGGCGCUGGAGGUCAAGGUGCUGAGCUCGCCUUGGACCUGUGGAGGCGAGCGCCAAGCGGGGGAGGCGUUCGGCGGCCAACAGCCCCGUCCCAGAGCUUUCUCCCACAGUGCCGUGCACAGCCUGCAGCGCCGCGUAGACGGCGAGAAGGAGGAUGGGCCGAGUUUUUUCCGCAACCGGCAACUGCCGCCAUCAUCCUCCCACACUGAGGGCGGAGCUAGCGAGGAUGUCACCAGUGACGAGGAGCGCAUGGUCAUCUGUGAGGAAGAGGGGGAUGAUGAUGUCAUGGAGGACUCGUGUCCCGAUGGCUCCAUUGACCUCAAGUGUAAGGAGAGAGUGACGGACAGCGACGAAGACGAGCCCGAUGGCCAGCCUGGCUUGCAGCCACCGGCUCGCUCCUCUCUCACUUCCCCCUCGCCUCCCGCCCCUCACGACGAGUGUGAGAGCAAGAGGAAGAUGGGCGUCGAUGCGGCAGAGGAGUACGUCAAGGGCGGCCGCAUUGCGGGAGAAGGCGAGGGGGUGGCCUCCCUGCCCGUGGGGGGCUCCACGCCCGACACCCAGGAUGCGGUGCAUCCUGUCGAGGGCGCCAUCACCCUUGACAACAAAGCCACCAUCCUGAUUGGAGGGAAGCAGCUGCCUAUCACCACAGAGGGUGGGUACCUGUCCUCAGGCUCUCCUGGUCCCAACUUCUCUUUCGGGGGCCCCUUGGUGCCCUCCGAGCCUGUCAAGCUCCUGCCUCACGCCCAGCCGCCCCCGCUAGCUGUAAUCAGACCCACUGCCACCACUUCCCCCGAACCUCCACCCUCUGCUAGCGGUCCCAAGUACAUCCUGCCGGCCCCCAAGACCCCCUCUCCGCCUGAGCUCACCUGCCAACAAAUGGGCUCGGUGCCCGCUGACGAGUCCCCUUCGGCAAAUGGCAUGCCGCACUCAGGGGCGGGAGUGACAGGAAGCAGAGUUCAAGUUGAGCUGCAGAAUAAGAUGUUGGUUCCCAUGGCGACAGUUCAAUCCGGGUCCACGCAUCCGCAGGCGCCCGUCUCUUUGGUAGCGCCACCUCUUCCUGUGCAAAAUGGCGCCGCCGCAGGAAACAAGAUCAUCCAGAUUGCUCCCAUGCCAGUGGGCCAAAGCAGCGUUCACCAGGGGAGCGCUUUUCCUGUUUCCAUGUCAACGGUGAUGGCUGCCGGCGCCGCGCCCCCACAGACCCUCAUCCUGACCACGCCGCCUACCAGGAUCACCUAUGUCCAGUCGAGUCCGGGCGUUACCAUGACGAUUCCCCAACAAGCCCAGGUACCGCCAGCGCUGCCCGGCGGUGCCUUUCUCUCGUCCCCCCUGACCACAUUAGGCUUCACCACUAUCGCGCCGGCCGGGCACCCUGUGCUGGCUCCGGCUCCCGCCCUGAGCGGCCAGAGCAACAAUGUCAAGACCGCCUCUAACGCCUCCACUGCUCGGCAGGUUCUUACCACCAUCUACCCCGCCGGUCCGUUGGCGUCCAGCCUGGUCACCGUGACAACCGCAUCGCCCGCCAUAAAUGCUCCAGAUGUGACGAAGCCCUCGGCCACGGUGCAGGUUGAGAUGAAAAAGGAGCUUGGUGAGCCGGACACCGAGGAGGAAGGAGAUGAAGAAGUCAAGGAGUUCAAAGAAAGACAAGACGACAACAUUGGUCAGUUAAUCAAGGAGGAAAGUGUCAAGCUGGAGGAGGACGAGGAAGCGCGUGAGGAGAAGAUCAAGGAAAGCAGGGAUGAGACACGAGGACGAGAGAUGAAGAAAGAGGAAGAGGCUGGAGCUCCUUCUUCAUCUCCUCCACCUCCUCCUCGUCCGCCAUCUUCAGGUUUGGAUCCGCCGCCGCCUCCACUUGCCGAGAAAGAGCCGGCGGCGUCCUCCAAGAGGAUCAAGUUCCGCCCGCCGCCGCUCAAAAAGACGCCCGAUCCUCACGACAAGCUUUUGUCUGAGACGUAUUUCGAGGAGCGUUUUGCCGAGCUUCCGGAGUUCAACCCGGCGGAGGUGCUCCCGUCACCUACCUUGCAGAGUCUGGCCACGUCCCCUCGAGCCAUCUUGGGGAGCUACCGGAAGAAGAGGCGCAACUCCACCGAGCUGGAGGCGGCCAGCGAGGACCCGAGCUCGCCGAGGAGGAAGACUCGCCGCCUUUCCAGCUGCAGUUCGGAGCCCAACACUCCGAAAAGUGCCACCAAGUGCGAGGGCGACAUCUUCACCUUUGACAGAGCAGGUAUGGAGGGAGAGGAUCUCCUAGGAGACCUGGACCGGGUGCCCUUCUCGUCCCUGCGCAGAACUCUGGACCAGCGGCGAGCGCUGGUCAUGCAGCUCUUUCAGGAACAUGGCUUCUUCCCCUCAGCUCAGGCCACGGCAGCCUUUCAGUCCCGCUACGCCGACACCUUCCCCACCAAGGUGUGCCUGCAGUUAAAGAUCCGCGAAGUGCGCCAGAAGAUCAUGCAGGCCGCCACGCCAGGGACCCUGGAGGGCGGCGGCUGCUUCUCAACCGAGGCCGGCAGCCCCGCACCCGCUCAGAGCUCCUCCGUCCUCAACCCGUCACUGCAGGAGGACGCGGGAGGAGGAGCGGAACAGCCGGACGACUGAAGGCCGCAAGAUGGAGAAGCCCAAAAGUGAAAGUUUCGAAGAAGUGUGGAUGCAGACGCUUACGCUUAAUCUGACCUGGGCGGGAUCAUUGUGGAAUGCAGUCCCAUAACAAUAAUAUCCCCCCCCCCCCAAAAAAAAUCUAUAUUCACCAGAGGAAAAAGUAUUAUUCCUACGCCCAGGUCUGCCCUCAGCACAUUUGUACAGUAGUUUGUAGUCGGGACACAAGCUCUGUGGUACACACACACACACACACCAUGGUGCAGAUAUAAUCUUCAGCAUGUGGCUGACACACACUUAGCAAAUCAGACUGUUACUCUUGGAUGGAGGCAGCCAGGAGCCGCCUCCCAGGAACACACACACAAACACACACACACACAUGCGCACACACACACACGCACACACGUCAAAAAGGCACUUUGUCACUUGUUCCUGUGCAAAUGCAGUUCAGCUGUUGCCAGCCAGCCCUCUGUUGCCAUUGACUUGACCUCAUUGUCCGUCCACUCCUCAGCACAGUGGGUCCCAGACGCAAAACCACAACCCUGACGACCUCCACUGAUAUUCCACGGCCCCCUCGAUGCUGCACACACACAAGACACACACGCACACACACUGAAGUACACACACAUGCACAUACACUCACACGUACACACGCAGUCAGUUCGGCGCGUGCCCCCCCGGUGCCGCGACCAGCCCAUGGGCACCCCCCCCCCCCCCCCCCCCCCCGCACAGUUUAGUCAGCGAUUGUAAAGACAAAAACGAGAGAUCUCGGCAUGAUUCCGUUGUGACGAAUCUUUGCACCUUCCGCCAUGUCGGAAAACUGAACCCUUGUCCCUUCUGAGUGUUUGGACGUGGAGGCACCGAAACAGAUUUGUUUCUUUUUUGAUAGAAGCUGGAUGGAAGGUCGAAUCUCCACAAAAAGGUUUAUAUGCAAAGCAGCCACAAGAUGUCAGGCUCACCGACAGAGAGAAGGAAAAAAAAAACUUGGAACCACACUUCUUGUCCGAAUCUCUCCCGUCGUUGGAUACGCUGUCGCUUUCUCUGCUUGUCGUGGAAAUUGAGCAGUUUUACCAUGGGCUGUGUUUUUUUCUCUCGUGGCUUGUAUUCUAAAGCAUCAAGUCAAGAAAAUCACAACAAUGACUUUGGACUGGGGGCGUUGAUAUUAUCUGUCCCGAUGACCGCAAUCUUGAUUUUAAAUAUCUUAAGAGUGAGGAGGGGUUGCGCCCCUCCCCCUUUGUGUCUCUUUGUAAAAUGUUGAAAUCAGGUGUUUGCACAAUCCGUGUGGCCCGUCUCGUGUGAGAGCGCCGCAAGUUCAAUCAGGAAAGUAUUGUUUUAGUAGAGCAGACAAUAACCUUGUUCCACGUCAAUCACCUUUGACACCCCCACCCCCCCAUCCCCUCACCUUCCCUCGCUGUACCUCUCUCAAGCGUUGUUAGAAAGUGCCCUUAAGCACUGGUCCCGGGUCAAGCGCUAUGUAGCUCAGGAUGGUUCUGGUUCAGGUUCAGUUCAGGGAAAGCAGAUCCUAGACCAGCUCUGGAGGGCAGUCUCUGGAGCCCUCCCUUCUUCCCUCCCUUAUCGACACUUUAUCCUUUCCCAUCAAAUGGUGCAAUAGGACAUUUAUUUUUUCUUCUUCUGGGGAUUCUGGGAGGGGUUUUUUUUCUUGGGGAGGGGGUGGGGGGGAGGUUCAGUGCCAUAGAGAAUCACAAGCAAUGCAGUCAAGUGAGUGAGCAGAAUGUGAUGCUGUAGCUUACGAAGCAGUAUUAGGGCCAUGCUGGGGAGUGGGGGGGGGAACAAAAAACAAACAAAACAUAUAUAUAUAUAUAUAUAUAUAUGCGAAAGAACAAAGUCUACUUUUUAAGUGAAAAAAAUCACAAUGUUAUGAGAAGAAGAUGUAAUUUGAUGAGAAUUUAAGGAAGGAUGUCAAUGCAUGAAAUGAGCAUUAGCCGAAAAGCAUAAUGCCUUAGUCAUUUUUUAAAAACAAUCACAAACAACAAAUUCAACAAGUUGCCUCCAUUCCACCUAUGUAGAUAAAAAGAGGGGCUGGGGGGAUAUUUUUCGCAAGCACGUUAUAUGCUAUAAAUAUGACACACAGACAAUCUUAUCACGUUAGUACAGUUUUGUUUUUUUUAAAUAACUGACUAUUCUCAUUUUAUGACUUUUUCUUUCUCUUUUGAAACAUGACGACUUUUUUUUGGGUGGGGGGGAAAGACUUAAUCUCAGUAGGAUUAAGUAGUGUUUAAAGAAAAAGCCUUUAAAAAUUUAAAUUAAGGCUAUUUUCGCAAUUUUAUUUCUGGGAAUUUAUCUUUUUAAUGUAUUUUUUUAAUAAUAUGAGUUUACUUCUGAAAUAAUUAGGACAUAAUUUUGAUUUUAAAAAAAACAAGUUGCAUUUUUGACAAAAAGCCGAUCUAAAAAAAGGUCAUUAUUUUUUUUUAAACGUAUGACUAUUCUCAUAAGAUUGUGAAUUUUUUCGGCAUAAACACGAAUGUCACUGCAUUACAACGUCACCCUCGUAGUAGCAGUCGUAUUCCGAUGUCAUUAUUCGUUUUCUUUUGAGUGUGGCCCUAAUACCAUUUUGUAAUUUCUGAGCUAUGGUAUAAAAGAAAAAAUUAAUGGCACGAUUGUUGUUGAAGAGAUUAUAGUGUGUAACUUUACUAAAAGUAAAAAAAAAACAAAAACAUUUGAAUAGCACUUUGUGGCUCUUGGCUUCCUUUGCUGAAGAGUUUGGAGGGGUAGUGAUUGUUUUUAUGGGUAUCGCUUUUAUUUCUCUGUAAACUUUUCAAUGUGAAUAUAUACUGUAUAUAGAUAUAUGUGUAUAUAUCUAUAUAUAUAUUCACCAUUUUUUUUUUCCAUAUAUGUGCAUUUUAGGUCUGUGUUUGGGUGUACGUGUACGUUUUGGCACAUGCAGGUAGUGCGUUAACAUGACCAACCACUCGUUCCGUCGUCACACAGCAACAGCAUCGACAAGGACAAUAGUAUAUUUUUCAUGCUAGACAGUAUUUUUGUAGUCGCCACGACUAUUUUGUCCGCCAUGUUGACUGUUAUCAGUUACAUUCAGGAUCUAUCAGACAAAACUAUCUAUUCAGGCUAUCCGAUACACACAGGUGAAAGAAGACUAUCACAAUCCCCCGAGGAAGUGGGGGUCAGGGGCUGCCGUGCGCCCCAUCUGCAUGCAUGUGCAUUGGCAUGCAAACACCCUCACAGACAUAUGUGUAUACACACACAGACACACGCGCACCUAUGUAAUGCGUGUGUACUGUAUGAUUGUGCUUUGAAAAUGAAUUGUCCUUGCUUUGGAGAAGGAAUUUUAGGAUGAGUGAGGCGAGUGUGAUCUCAUAAGCAGGCAUGAUGACCAUGUGCAAUAUUUCUAAAUGACGCCAGAAAAAAAAAGAGAGAAACUAGAUAUUGAAAAUAUUAAAGAUCUAACACAAGGCC